GUGUGUGUUUAGCCUAUUCUCUGCAAAUUUUCAAAUCCUCCAUGGAAAUUCCUUCUUCUCUUCCAGUAGAUGAUGAACAAAAAGCCACUAAGUUCCAUCCACUCUCAUUAUCAUCACCUCAUAUGCGUGCUUUUCAUCUCUCAUGGCUCAAUCUCUUCUCCUGCUUCUUCUCCACCUUCUCUAUUCCUCCUCUUCUGCCUGUAAUCCGCGACAACCUUAAUCUCACCGACACAGACAUAGGCCACGCAGGCAUUGCCUCCUUUGUCGGCUCUAUCUUCUCUCGCCUUGCCAUGGGACCUCUCUGCGAUCUCCUGGGUCCUCGUAUUACCUCCGCCACUCUCUCUCUCGUUACUGCUCCUAUUAUCAUCUCUACUUAUUUCAUCUCUUCUCCUUCUUCUUUUAUCCUCGUUCGUUUUCUCGUUGGAUUCUCUUUAGCCAACUUCGUCGCUAAUCAGUUCUGGAUGAGCUGCAUGUUCUCUGGAUGUGUUGUCGGCCUCGCCAACGGUGUCUCCGCCGGCUGGGCUAACAUGGGAGCCGGUGUAGCACACUUAGUUAUGCCGCAGAUUUACUUUUUUAUCACAAAUUCAUUACAUGUAUCUUCCUUCACUGCAUGGCGAGUCUCGUUUGUUGUCCCUGGAAUUUUUCAAGCUUUAACAGCUAUAAUGGUCUUGGCCUAUGGCCAAGACCUCCCCUCUGGAGACUAUAAGUACUCAAAGAGAGCUCAGAAACAGCAGAAACAAAGCUUUCUCGCGGUUCUUGUUAAUGGGUUAGGGAAUUACAGAGGGUGGAUUCUGGGAUUAACAUAUGGGUUCAGCUUUGGUUCAGAAUUGACAACUGAUAAUAUAAUUGCACAGUAUUUUUACGAUAGAUUUGGAGUGAAUCUUCGGGUUGCAGGGUUGAUAGCUGCAAGUUUUGGAUUGGCCAACUUCUUUUCUAGGCCAAUGGGAGGGGUUUUAUCAGAUAAGAUGGCGAAGAGAUUUGGGAUUAGAGGGAGACUGUGGGGGCUGUGGAUUGUGCAGACAACUUCUGGGUUGCUGUGUUUGUUUCUUGGACAAGUGAGUUCUCUUUGGAGUUCCGUUGCUGUGAUGUGUUUGUUCUCUGUUUUUGUUCAAGCUGCUUCUGGCCUCACGUUCGGUGUGGUUCCUUUCGUUUCCGUAAGGUCACUGGGAGUGAUAUCAGGGAUGACGGGAAGUGGAGGAACAGUGGGGGCCGCAGUGACCCAAUUGCUACUCUUUUCAGGCUCUAAAUUCUCAAAGCAAACAAGUAUUUCUUUAAUGGGCCUUAUGAUAACUAUUUUCAGUCUCCCUGUCACCUUUAUCUAUUUCCCCAAAUCGGGUGGCAUGUUCUGUGGCCCUUCUGCAAACAUAAACUCGGCUGCCGAAGAUGCUGAAGAUUACCAUUUGCUUGUAUAAUAUACAUAAGACAUGGAGUCCAGGAGCAUGAGCACCUGACUUAGAUUUGUUUAGUUGUUACUCAAGAAAGAAUGUCCAAGAAUAUGUAGCUUUAUAGAGAAAAUAAAUGGAAAUUUAGGUAUAAAGUACAAUAUUUCCUUGAAAAGAUCACAAAAGAAACUUGAAGAAAAAUUAUUAAAUAAGCUUUUAUUAUUCUGUAAUGUACUUGCAGUUGCAGACCAA